AUGACUGUGUCCUAUACGCUUGAGGUGGCCAAUGUGAGAUUUGGCGGAUUCUCCAAGCUCUUGUUCAGGUGGAAGGGCAGCAUCUACAAACUGCUCUACAAGGAGUUUCUCCUCUUCUGCGGAGUCUACCUAUUUUUCAGUGUGCUCUACAGAUUAAUGCUCACACCCAAGCAGCAGGAUGUGUUUGAGCGUAUCGCCCUUUACUGUGACCAGUUCACCAACACCAACUUUAUCCCGGUUCUCUUUGUGCUCGGCUUCUACGUGACGUUGGCGUUCAAUCGUUGGUGGGGUCAAUACAGCAGCUUCCCGCUGCCCGACAACCUGAUGAUGGUGGUCUCCGGGAACGUCCACGGAGCGGACGAGAGGGGCCGCAUGUUGCGGCGCACUCUCAUGCGAUACGCCAACCUGGCGUCAGUACUGAUCCUGCGCUCCGUCAGCACCAGAGUGCGCAAGCGCUUCCCCACGCUGGAGCACGUGGUGGAGGCCGGCUUUAUGACAUCACACGAGCUGAAGAUUUUGGAGUCGCUGCAUUCGGACUUCAACAAGUAUUGGAUGCCGCUCACCUGGUUCGCCAAUCUAGCAUCCAGAGCCAGAGAGGAGACCCGCGUGAGGGACGACAUUGCCUUGAGACUCCUCAUGGAUGAGCUGAAUAACUACAGGGCCAAAUGCAGUCUUUUGUUCCAUUAUGACUGGAUCAGCAUCCCUCUGGUCUACACUCAGGUGGUGACGUUGGCCGUUUACUCCUUCUUCGCUUUGUGCGUCGUCGGCCGUCAGUUCCUGAGCCCGCAAAAAGGCUACAAGGACCACCAGCUGGACCUUUACGUGCCAGUCUUCACGCUGCUGCAGUUCUUCUUCUAUGCCGGAUGGCUCAAAGUGGGAGAGCUGAUCAUCAACCCGUUUGGAGAGGACGACGACGACUUUGAGACCAACCAGCUGAUUGACAGAAACAUUCAGGUGCUCGCUCGUUUUUUUUGUUUUACACCUUACAGCACUGACAUUGUGAUCGUUCUCAAGGUGUCAAUGCUGGCUGUGGAUGACAUGUACCAGAACCUUGCACCCCUGGAGAAAGACAAGCACUGGGCCCAACAACAUUUUUCCAUCCCUUACACGGUGUCCACUGCAGCAGAUGGCCUCAGAGCAGCUUUUAAAGGCUCCACCUUUGACAUGAGGAUGAGCUUGGAGGAUCUCGAGCUGGAGCGACCUACUGACGCGUUCCCUCUGCAAGGCUCCUCACUGGACAAUCACAAAGACGGCCUCCUGAAGGGCUGCAGCCUUCCGUCGCUACUCAAUGUGCCAGCACGUCAGUUUAUGGAGGACGUCAACGGGGAGGAGAUCCCGCUUGCGGAAGAACUGAUGGAAGUUGAAACUAACUAGGACAUGAUCUGCGUGACAGGCUCCCUCUAAAAAGGCUCAACAUGGCGUCCACUUUGUUGUUCAUAUUUGAUUCAUUGUGCCAGCAUGGUCGGUCGGUCACCUUUUGCCUCUUAAAUUGAAUCCAAUUGGCACCAGUUUGGAGUGAGACGCAAUU